UCUGCCCGGCCAGCAGAACACGAACAAAGAGUUGGAGAAGUCUUAUUCUCUCCUUUGAAUGGCCGUCGUCACCCGAAUCCCUCCCGGAAUCCGCCAACACCUCCUCCGAUCCCUCUCCUCCCUCACCUCGCCCCCGUUAAACGUAACGGAAAAGCUCGCCGAAACUGCCGCCGCUCCGCCGGCCCGGAUCCUGGACCUGGCCGACACGGAGCGGCUCUUCGCCUCGGUCCCGACCGGGUCCCUCCUCCGCUCCCUCGCCACCCUCUACGCCUUGGCCUUCGACCCAGUGGUCGACCUGGGAACGGCCGUGAUGCGGUCGAGGGCGGUCCAUGCGAGCCGGCUAGGAGGCGCGGCUGUCGUCGCGGCGGUCCGGGGGACGGUUUUCCGGCACUUCUGCGCCGGCGAGGGGGUGGAGGAGGCCGGCCGGACGUUGCGGGAGCUCUGGGAGGAGACCGGGUUGAAGGGGGUCCUGGAUUACGGGCUGGAGGACGCGUCAGACGGCGCCGCCUGCGACCGGAAUCUGGAUGGCUUUCUCAAGGCGGUGGAGAUGGCGUCAUCGCUCCCGCCAACCUCGGUCAGUAUCUGUGUGAAGAUCACAGCUCUUUGCCCUAUCUCAUUGCUUGAAAGGAUAAGUGACUUGCUGAGAUGGGAGCAAAAGGACCCAUCAUCCCAUCUUCCAUGGAAGGCACUCUCUUUUCCCAUCUUCUCCAAAUCCAGCCCUCUCUAUCUGACCCCUUCAAUGCCAGACCCUCUAACAGAGGAAGAAGAGCAUGAACUUCAAUUAGCUCACCAAAGACUCUCAAAGCUUUGCGAAAGAUGUUCCGAAGCCAAUCUCCCUUUGCUGAUUGAUGCAGAGUAUGCGUCGGUGCAACCUGCAAUAGAUUACUUCACUUAUGCAGCAGCAUUUCAAUUCAAUCGAGAGGAUCAACCUAUUGUUUAUGGAACAAUUCAGGCAUACUUGAGGGACUCAAAAGAGAGGUUGGUAGAGGUAGUUCAAGCUGCAGAGAGGGAGGGAAUCUCUUUUGGAGUAAAGCUAGUGAGAGGUGCUUAUUUGACAAGGGAGACCCAAUUGGCUUCUUCUCUGGGAGUGCCUUCUCCCAUUCAUGAGAACAUUCAAGCAACACAUAGAUGCUAUAAUGAUUGUGCACUGUUCAUGCUGGAAAGGGUCAGUAGAGGAGCUGGUGCAGUGGUGCUUGCCACCCAUAAUAUUGAAUCCGCUAAAAUAGCUGCAGGAAUGGCAGAGGAGCUAGGGAUCAGAAAGGGGAACCAGAACCUACACUUUGCUCAGCUAAUGGGGAUGGCAGAUGGGCUCUCUCUGGGCCUCAGAAAUGCAGGGUUCCAAGUGAGCAAGUACCUUCCCUUUGGACCUGUGAACCAAAUUAUUCCUUACCUUCUUAGGAGAGCAGAGGAGAACAGGGGAUUCCUUUCUUCCUCUGCACCUGACAGACAACUCUUGAGGAUGGAGCUAACAAGGAGAUGUAAGACUGCACUAGUGGGAAGAGUUUAAAGGUGUUACGAGGGUGGGGUGGAGAGAAGAGGAAAAUAAAUGCUUAUUUAUAUGAUGAUCUUUGGAGCUGUUGCAGACUUACAGGAGGGGAAAAAGGAAAGGAAAAAAAAAAAUAUUUGUAUCAAGAACUUAGAAAAGAAAGAUGUUUCUGCCGUUGCAAUCAUAUGUGCAUGCGGAUAUAUUAAAAUAUGAAAAAGAAUAUAUGAUUGCAGGGCUUCUUUA